AUGUCACAUUCAGAGUGGACGCCAGAGAUGGACAAGAAUAAAUUGCACAUUCGUUGGGUUUUGGUAUGGAACGGCUCGGAAGGUAGCCAGAGAUGGCGUUACGCUCUUGAGACGGAGUCCGCUGGCGAGUGGCAAAGAUGCCAAGACCUUCUUGGUAGUCUGAAAGCUGUACCAGAACCAAAAGACCUCGUAAAAGUGUUUCCCGAGAAGCAAUCUUACCCUGCAUGGUGGGACGAGUGUUUUGUGGAUGUCAUGAACAGAGCUUCUGCAGUACGAGGGAGAAGGAACCGUGAAAGGCAUAAUGGUGUCGGCGGCGAACACGAAGUUCCUGCGGACGAUCCGCUAUUUGUGGACCGGCAAACUCUGGAUCAACUAGAGCUCCAUGCGGGCUUGUCUAUAUUGAAGAAGGAAAGACUGAGUGUUCUCCUGCUCGAACAACGGACACCUACUAGCGACAACCCCCUCGACAGCGAUAGAGUGUGGAAAGUUUCGCCUCCGAGGGAUGGAGAACCGUACAAGAUGGUAUUAUUGCCUCAAACCGUCAGCACAGCUUCACGUACCCAUGCUAUUUGGCUGUAUCUCGGCGAGUUAGCCUUGUUGGUUCCGAAAACCAAGGGCAAGCGAGGUACCUCUCCGCUUUGGUUCCUGUCGAUGUGCAAAACAGCGAAGACAGUCAGCAUGGCCGCUAUGGCUAGAAAGUUCGAGCGCGCCUGGUCGGGUGUCAAGUGCAGGAGCCAGGCUGCAUCUCACGAUGGAUCUUCUGACAUGCAGACCACAGAUACUGCAACUUUCAAUGUUCCCGGCCGCAGCGCCCCUACGUCACUGGUAAACUGGCACGAGGAAAGUAGAAGCAUGGUAAACACUGCGUUUACAACGACAUAUCAGCUUAAGGAGAGUUUCGGGUUUGAAUGCGACGAUACGCUCUCAAGCCAAAUCCCCUCACGAUCAGAACCGAUGGAAGGAGUACAGAGCACCGAAUGCGUACAACCUACCAACACUUUUGAUGAUGUUCCUGAUGCAUCAUCAGGUGCAUUCCGAAGCGAGGGAAUAACCGGUACCACCGCCAUUCGCAGCUCGGUCGGCAUAGAAGGCUCUGAAGGAACAUCGCCGGGCUCGCGUCUCGGCUCUAGUAUGAUACUAAGAGAAGGCCACCAGGCAGGAGACACAUCAGAGGUCUUCGAUCGAGAGCAGUUAGACGACGAGUCCCUGCAACAGAUACGAAGCUGGAUGAGGCAAGAGAAGUUUACGAUUCCCUUGGACGAUGGACACGUCAAACUCCAAUGGAUAUAUCGACCUUCCAAGAGUCCGGAGAAACGUUGCGUGGUCAUGCAGAGGGCUGACCCUCAGCGCGAUAACGAAUUGCGGAAUUGUCGCUGGCUCCCGGCUAAAACUGGCACGUAUGAUACGACGGACUUGUCAAAGCUCUAUCGGGAAGAUCUAAGGGACUCGGGCAGUACGGAUUGUUUGCCUUCUUGGUGGCCGAGACCGUUGAUAGACAGCGUUUGGUGCCAUUUCCUCAAAGAGCAGACUGAAAUGGAUGUCGAUUCAGAAUACGGCAGCGAGGUUGCAGAUUCCGAGAACUUCGGAACGGGAGAGAGGGAUACAGUGGUCAACGAAAGCUUCAUUUCUGGCUCCAAGCAAUCAGAAACCUUCUUUCCCGUCCACAGCAAUCAAUAA